UUGAAAUAAACAAGGAAAAUUACACAGCGAGCGGAAGGCAGUGCCGAUUCACUUCGGGGGAUACCGCAGCCACCGCCUCAGCGGCGCUUGACUACACGCCUUUGUAUUUUUUACGGCAGAAGGAUUUUGAAGAGUGUUUGGAUUUUCAGGAAUUUGGAGGUUUAAGUUGGCCUGGAUUCUGUUGAUUGAGGUUCGGAUUGUAGGUACAGUAGUUUCUUCUUCUGUUUCAUGCGAUGAGCGACGAAUGUUUCGACCGGGAAUCGCGUAGCGGUGGAGCCUUCGAUUGGAGUAUUUUCUUGGGCAGUGUUGAUGAUGAUCAUGUCGUCUAUAAAAGAAAAAGAUUCCAUUAUCAAGUUGAACAAGAAGUAGAAGGGCAAGAGUCUGGAGGAGAAGAAUUUGGCGAACAGGAAGGAGAAGAAGAGGAAGAAAAAUUUGCCGCGGAAGAAGGGGGAGAGGAAGGAGUAGAAGAGGAAGAAGGAGUAGGAGAGGAAGGAGAAAAUUACCGCGUCGAAAGUGAUGAAGAAAUUAGUUCAGCAUUAUCAUCAAACAAACGGGUAAAGCAAAUGUCCGUUGAUCGGCUAAGUGCAUUGCCGGAUUCACUGCUUGUUCGGAUUCUCUCUUUUCUUGAUAUGAAGGAAGCUGCCAUGACUGAUAUAUUGUCGAAAAGAUGGCAAUUUCUCUGGACUGGUUUGCCGAAGCUUAAAUUUUACGAGGGCAGUAGCCGGACUGAGAAAAUAAGCAAGUUUGUGGCUUGGGUUCAUAGGACCCUUGUUAUUUGCAGCGGCCAUCAUUUGGAGGCGUUUGAGAUUGACUUCGGGUAUGAUAAAUGCUUUGCUUCCGAUGUUAAUGUUUGGGUCGACUUUACCUUAAAAAAUAAGGUGAAAGAUGUCGCAUUGCUGUUGAAUUCCAGAAAAGAUUUGUAUCUGCUGCCUCAGAUGAUGUAUUCAAAUUCAUCCUUGACGCGGUUGAGCGUGGAAGGGUGCAUUAUAUCUCCUAAAAGAACAGUUGAGUGGGGAUCAUUGACUACAUUAUACCUUGACAAAGUGGUGUUGAAUGAGCAUGUAAUUGAAAAGAUAUUUUCUGGUUGUCCUGCUUUGUAUGAGUUGGAACUAAUGGCAUGCACGGGAUUAUAUUAUUUGAAGAUCGACUAUCAAAGUCUUCGUAAACUUAAGAUAGGAUACUGGAAAGGUGAGAACUGCGAAACCUGUCUAGAUAUUUCAGCACCCUAUAUACAUACUUUGCAGAUCUCACUGCAUCCUAGAGGGAGGAGAUUGCGGCUUACAAAUGUCGCCUCUCUUGUUCGAGCUAAUAUUGAUUUUGAAGUUGAUUUCGAUCCUGGCUCUCUGAAGUUGAUCGGUUAUACAAAAGAACUUUUUAAUAGCCUUCAGCAUGUCAAGGAGCUUGAAGUGGGAUAUGGGUUUCUUGAGGUCCUAUCAAUGUUGGCGGUAAAGGGGUGGCGGCUCGCACAUUCAGGGCGAAGACGUUUGACAGUACAUGCGUCAAAGGAUGAACACAGAAUUCCUGGAAUUUUAUGUCUGCUGGAAUCUUCUCCAUACCUUGAGACAAUGGACAUAUCAUUAGACGAAUUUUGCGAGUUCAAUGAGGACUGGGUCAAUAUCAGUCCAGCUGCAUCAUACUCAAAGAAGGUUGAUUUGCAAAACGAGUUAUGGCAUCUGAAGACAGUAAAUAUCACAAGCUCUGCAGACUCGGAUCUUCCCAGUGAAGGUGUGCUAACCCUGGCACAACUUCUGCUUCAGAGAGCAAGGGUCUUAGAGAAGAUGGUGAUUGAUACCGGAAAAUUUGUCACAUCUUCAUCAGCAAACGUUGCAAGCAACUAUAUCAGGAUAUCUCAGAUGCUGCUUAGCUACCCAAGAUCCUCACCAAAAGCAGUAGUCCUACUCCAUUAGUGAUCAUGCAAUUGCAACAUCAUCAGUGUCCCACCGCUUUUGUGGUUCUUUACAUUAUCGUAGUACCAUUACUUCUUUCCUACAACGUUAGCUGCGAGACAUAAUCCUUGAUUGUCAAACCGCAACAUAUUUAUCGUAGAAUGUUAUCUUAUUUCAUGUUUACUUUUACCAGUGUUGCCAGCAUAUCAUCUUUGCUUGAUAUUUGAGACAUGUACUGUGUUGGGGAUUGAGAUGUAGUUUCAUGUUACAACCUGAACAUUUGAUGUUGCCUUGCUUAUUAAUCUGCUUUUAUGCAGGGGUAAUUACACUCUCCUCCCUCAGGUUUGG